GAAAGGGUGGAGGCAGGUCAGCACGGCUUGUGGCAUCCUUAAGGGUGACACUGCCAAGCUGACACCGGGAGAUAUUGGAAGUGUACGUGUCUGUGUACUACGAACAAGUGACGAGGAUUUGGGCGUACUUUGAACUCAUACCGGAAAACAAGAGAACGAACAGGAUUUACUUUACGUUCGUUGUACCCAACUCAUGACGAUCCCUCAGACGUGCAAGAAAUUUAUUACGCUCGAAGGUCAAUUUACUUGAAAGCGAAAGAGAGAGACAUUAAGGAAAAAAAAGAAAAGAAAAAGAAAAAAUACAACCCUCUUAGCAACAACCAUAACAACAACAGAUAUAUAGAACGGGAAAAAAAAAAUAUAUCUAACCCAACCACGAAACAAAUACCAUUACAUAAGGAAACUACUACUAAAAAAAAAAAAAAAAAAAAAAAGGCAUCUUGACCCGCGAAAAACCAACUCUCCUCCCACUUAAAUAUUUCGAAACAGGUCAUCUCGUAUAAGGAAACUGCUCCGAAGGCAAUAAAUAUGCGCGAGUGGGUGAUAUUAGGUCACCUCGCGCUCCUGGCGGCCAUGUGCAGCGCCGGAGUGGAGGCUCGCGGCGCCGAACAGAAGCUCGGCGAAGCCCCAGGAGCGGAGGGAAGCCACGGGGAAGAAGCCAAGGACGAGCCUCUCCUGCAGGACACUCCGGCGCCUCCUGAGGAACAGCUCCCCCUCCUCCAGGCAGGUCCUCCUCACCCACCCCCGAGGGAAGUCGAGAGGGAGGGGAAGAUGGAGGAGAGAGAGGGGAAGGAAGGGAAGAAGGGAGGGAAGGAAGAAGGAAGGAAGGGAAAGGAAGAGAAGGAGGAUGGGGAGGCAGAAGAAGGCGAAGAAGAAGGCGACGAAGAAGAUGAAGAAGGAGCAGGAGGAGGAGGUAUCGUCUUGGUGGCCCUCGGAGGCGGCGAGGACGAGGUGGCCAUGGCACAGAUGGCGGCACUGCUCAGCCUCAACGGGCAUCGCGUCAGUGCCAUCGUCUACGGACCCGGCCCGCGCGAGGAGAGGUUUCCUGCCGGGGUCAAGGUCCUUGAGCUGGGCGUUUCUGAGGACGACCCGCUGUACCCUGGGGGCUCGAGCGUCGCCGUGGCCCCGGGGGAGGAGGAGGGCGCCGAGUGGGUGAGUGGGCGCGUCCUGGCGUCGCGGGCGAGGGCGUGCGGCCUCUUCUCCCGGCUGGCGUGGGUGGAGGCGGUGUUCCGUCGCGCCCGCCUCGUGGUAACGCCCCUUUUCCUCCACGAUCUGUGCGUCCUCACGCUGGCGCAGCGCGUGGGCGUCCCCGUGGUGGGCGUCGUGACGUCGAGAGUGGGCGCGUGGUGGGUGUGGGAUAACCUGGGCGUCCUCCCUCCCCUGGCCACUACGCCCGUGCCGCCCGCGACGAUGCAGGAGCUCGAUAUCUGGGCGAGGGCGUCGAACAUCGCGAGGCACUACGGGUACGUCUCGAGCCUCCGUCAGCAGUGGCAGGUCCCGGCCCUCACCGCCCUCGACGCCUCCUGGUCCCCCGCGCCCACCAUCGACGCCCUCUACGCCUCCCUCGCCCGCGUCCUCGUGGCCUGGGACCCUCUCCUGGACGCCCACCUGCCACACACGCCCAUCGUCUUGCCCGUGGGCGGCUUCCACUAUUCGACGGGUCGCAUGACGAAGGACGUGCUAGUGCCCGCCCUCCUGAACCGCGCGGGCGUCCUCGUGGUCAGCGCGGGCGGGCGGGAGGCGUGGCUAGGACCGGACGCCCUCGCCGCCCUCCACAGCGCCCUCAGACCGACCUCCUACACCGUCCUGUGGCGAGUUUCCCACCCACACCUCCAGCCGAAUGUCACCCUCGAGGAAAUGAACUCCGCGAGUGCCAAGUUCGUGUACAAGGAGUACCUGCCGCUCAGCGAUGUUCUGAGUCAUCCUCGCCCCCGCCUCCUCGUGUCGACGUGUGGAGACGCCGAAGCAAAAGGCGGCUGCCACUUCGGGUUUCCCCGCCUUUUGCCUUCCCCCUUUCCACGGAUCAAAAAAAUAGCUUGGACGCCCCCAAAAAAAAUUUUGGGAGGUUUGGGGAUUUCAGGGGUAAAGGUGAUUGGUAUGUUGACGAUACCCACCAAUGGCACUUUCGUCAUUACAGGCAUAGCGGAGGUGGUGCCAGCGUCGAGGGCCACGGUGCCAGCGCUGAAGGAGGCGCUCUCGAAGCUGGCCGGUGACAGAAGCUACCGCGAGCGUGGCAGGAGGAUCGCCGAGGACCUGCACGAUUCCUCCCUUUCUCCCUCGGACCGGCUGCUCUUCGCCCUCGAGCGGGUCUUGCGGCGCCCUAACUCCCUGAGAUACCGGCCGCCAGCAAGCACGCUGUACCUCCUUCAGCAGAGCAACGCAGACGUGUACCUGCUUCUGCUGAUCCUGCUGACCACCUUGCUCGGGGUCCUCAUCGCCGCGGGGAUUGUGGCGUUGCCGAUUCUCCUGAAGAAGCAGAAGGCCAAAGCAGACUAGAGGAGGGAGGGAAGGAGGAGGGAGGAGGAGGAGGAG